ACUCCCCUCAUCACAUGACGACUACCACUAACCUAGAGAGCGAGCGUACCAGAGCAGUGAAGAAGUAUAAGCAAAGGCUAAUACAGCAACAAGACGACUUUUGUGAAUGAACUAGCAAUUAGAACUUGGCGACUUAUUGGCGACUUAUUUCCCAUGCUUUUAAGAAAAAUUAUCAUGAUCUAUUUUCGAGACAUUUGUUCGUGCUGUGCUAGGGGUUAGCUUGUCAGUAAUGUCCUUUUGUGAUGUUUUGAUGCAAUCUGAUCGCCUGUAAUUUGUUGCAGUGAUUGUUUACGCUGCUUUAAUCAAGGUAAGUGUGCUUGACUUAUAGGUUUCCAUUUAGAAAGGUUGUAGGAAACUUUCCCCAGCAAUUAACUUUGAUUACACAGAAUGGUAAUACAUCAUCAAUGUUUACACUGAAUCCAAAGACAAAGCAUUGACAAUAACAAACCUCUGAUCACCAGUCAUCUAUCCCAGGCCAGGUAUUGGCCGUUCUAUCCCGGGCCAGGUGUUGGCCGUUCUCUCCCGGGCCAGGUGUUGGCCAUUCUCUCCCGGGCCAGGUGCUGGCCGUUCUGCCGUAAUAGGCCAGGCAAAACAAAUUGUCGAUCUCCUUUACUUUAUUUUUCGCUAUGUAUGGAUACAAAGAUGAAGCCACUGAUUAUCAUGACAAUUUAGCAUACUGGGUGAAACUCCUAGGCAGUAAGUAGGCUUGAGUGGUAUCCAGAUUGUAUCAACAUUGUAUGGUCCUGUGUGGCUCAGUUUGUAGAGCAUGGCAUUUGCAACGCCAGGGUUGAGGGUUCGAUUCCCAUGGGGGACCAGUAUGAAAAUAUAUGCACUCACUACUGCAAGUUGCUCUAGAAUAGUUUUUUAACUAGGCAAGUCAGUUAUGCACAAAUUCUUAUUUACAAUGACUGCCAACCCCGGAUGACGCUGGGCCAAUUUUGCACCGGUUGUGAUACAGCCUAGAAUUGAACCAAGGUCCGUAGUGACGCCUCUAGCACUGGGAUGCAGUGCCUUACACCGCUGCGCCACUCGGGAGCGUCUGCAAAAUAACAAAUAAAAAAGUUUUUUUUAAAUACCAACCUUGUGCCAUUCCAGGAAAUUUGGUAAUAGCGGCAUUGAACACGGGGUACUUUUUUCAAACCACACUGAUACACUGAAAUCCGAAGGUUAACAAUGGUUCCAAGUGCUUGUAAAAUCCCAUAGAGAAUGCUAACUAAAUGCUAAUGAGCGCAUUGCGAACAUUUCGUACAGUUUCUGACCUAAACUAUACAAGUAACUCAAAAAUGCUCUUCCCAGUUUGUUGCACGCACACAAAAAAUAUUAGCCAGGAGGGGAUUCUCUGUUAUUACCAAGAAAAUGUUGAUUUUGGAAGAAGCUAACCACUUAGCUAGAUAGAUAACAAGCUACUAAAUUAGCAAACCAAAUGCACAACUGCAGAGCAUUUAGCACAUUUUAGUCAGUUAACUUAAUAGUUAUAAGAUAUCUAGCUCGCAAGCAUUUAGUUGUGAAUUCCAUACUGUAAUUAGAUCACCUGGCGCAUGCUGCACAACAGUGAGUGACUCACAAGGCUCCGGUCUCUCAUCGUUGUGUGCUUGUAAACGAACACCAAGUGGCACGUGACUGGAAACUACAAUAAGCGUCAUAAUAAUGUGGAAGGUGAAAUGAAGAACGCAAUGUUCUUUAUCUCCUAACGUAUUGCACAAGUUGACUGCAGGUAUUUACUUAAAAAGUUGCUACAAAUAUUCAAAUUUAUUAAAAAACUUAAAAUAAAUAGUUUCAAUGGUAUUUAUGCUAUUGAAAAACCAUCCAGUGGCUUUUUCCAACUACCCUUGUAUACCGCCCAAGCCUACUAGACAGCAGUUGAGUAGCCUGAUUGUUCAUUCCAUAUUGUCCAUUUUACUUUGACCUGUCCUGUUUUUAACUUCGGGAUAGGUGUCCCUUCCACGGGACGGUUGAGCUAACGUAGGCUAAUGCGAUUAGCAUGAAGUUGUAAGUAACAAGAACAUUUCCCAGGACAUAGACAUAUCUGAUAUUGUCAGAAAGCUUAAAUUCUUGUUCAUCUAACUGCACAGUCCAAUUUACACUAGCUAUUACAGUGAAAGUAUACCAUGCUAUUGUUUGAGGAGAGUGCACAAUUUUGAACAUGAAAAGUUAUUAAUAAACAAAUUAGGCACAUUUGGGCAGUCUUGAUACAAAAUGUUGAACAGAAAUGCAGUGGUUCAUUGGAUCAGUCUAAAACUUUGCACAUACACUGAUGCCAUCUAGUGGCCAAAAUCUAAAUUGCACCUGGACUGGAAUAAUACAUUAUGGCCUUUCUCUUGCAUUUCAAAGAUGAUGGUACAAAACAAAUACAAAAUAACAUAUUUUUUUUCUUUGUAUUAUCUUUUACCAGAUCUAUUGUGUUAUAUUCUACUAAAUUCCUUUCACAUUUCCAUACACUUCAAAGUGUUUCCUUUUAAAUGGUGCCAAGAAUAUGCAUACCCUUGCUUCAGGGCCUGAGCUACAGGCAGUUAGAUUUGGGUAUGUAAUUUUAGGCAAAAAUUGAAAAAAGGGGCUAAUCCUUAAGAUUUUUAAGAUAUAUUUGUUAACAUGCCAUAUUCGAAGCACUUAAUUUUUUUGGGUUGGGCGCAAUUUAGGUUACGCUAUUUGAUUCGGAGAAACGUGCAUGAUGUGCAUGAUGUAAAAAGUGUCUGUCUCAUGACAUUGUCAUAAAUUUGAUCUCUACUCCAGCCUGUAUUCUACAGAAAAGGCCAUAUACUCUUUCUACCUUAUGCUAUAGGCUACAUGAUUUAUGUUAGAUGAUUUGUUGACGGUAUGUUGGAGUGCCGCAGCGGUUCGUCUCUCCAACAGGACCCUGGAGAGUCACACUCGGCAUGGACAAGAAAAAUAUUUUGCUUCCCUGCUUUUGACAAAGUGAGCACUGCUUAUCACAUGGCGGCAUCGGCAUUCACCUAAAUAGCCCAUGUGCCAAAGGAUGAAUGCUCUGGUAGCUCUCUGUCAUUUCUGUGAGCUCCAUGGCCCCCGCACCCUGUUCUGCACCGAGGCUCUGCACCCCCCAUCCCCCACACCCUCCCAGGCUGGCGCCCCCAUACCCGGGGACAGGGAGUCGGACAGAGAGGGAGAGGGACUCACCAUGAGGGCAAACAGCUCAGCUACACAGAGAGGAGACAUGUGCGAGGGCUGCCGGUCUCUCCCAGCGUCUCACCCUGGCUUCGUCAGUGUGGACAGUGAGACAGGCAUCCGGUUCCUCAGCCACCAACAACCUAGACAACCCCAGCUCUUCAGUGUGGUCCGCCAGGCCUGCGUACGCAGCCUCAGCUGUGAGGUGUGUCCAGGUCGUGAGGGUCCUAUCUUCUUUGGGGAUGAGCAGCAUGGUUUUGUGUUCUCUCACACAUUCUUCAUCAAGGACAGCCUGGCCCGGGGCUUCCAGCGGUGGUACAGUAUCGUCAUGGUAGCCAUGGACAGGAUCUACCUCAUCAACUCCUGGCCCUUCCUGCUGCGCCACCUCAGACUCACUAUACAGAGUCUACAGAGCACAGCACUGAAGGUGUUUGACAGUGAGCAGUGUGUGUGUCCUCAGAGGGCGGUGAGGAUGAACAGUGUGUUCUCUCCUGCUGUCUUCCCCCACCAGAGGAGUGGUAACGCGGCCCGCUCCCUGCCCUCCCUCACCCAGCACACCAACCUCUGGGCCAGCCUACACUCCUCCUUCAGCUGGUUACUGAAGGCCUGUGGUAGUCGUCUGACAGAGAAGCUGCUGGAGGGAGCUCCCACAGAGGACACUCUGGUUCUUAUAGAGAGACAGACAGAGCAAGAGGAGGAAAUUAGUUGCUGGGAAGGAGCAGAAGGGGGCGGGUCUAGACCCCAGUGCCACCAAUCGGAGAGCGAGCUGUACAGAGACUUCUUGUUUGACGAGGGGAAAGCAGAGGGGUAUCCUGGUCCAAAGUUCAGGUCCUUGAGACAUUUAAGACAGGUGCUCGGGACCACUGAUUUCCGCCAGCUAGCAUGGCACGUGCUCAUGGGAAAUCAGGUCAUAUUGAGAGGGGCUGACCCAGGGCUCAUCCAUUCAGCAUUCACCAUGCUGAAGGCCUUGCUACCGGUGGGCUGUGUCCGCUCUGUGACGUACAGUGCCCAGUAUGAGGAAGCAUACCGAUGUAACUUCCUGGGCCUCAGCCCUGACGUGCCCAUCCCCACACACGUCAGCUCCUCAGAGUUCUCAGUGUUGGUGGAUGUGGUCAGUGUGGAGAGGGGCUCUCUGUACUCUGCUGCUUGUGGUGAAGACAUCCUCUCACUCUACCAGUUCAACAUCAGCAGUACCAACUCACAGCCUACAGAUAAAGGUCCCACGUUGUUGAAUAAGAUCGAGGUGGCGUUGUCCAAUGAGAACCUGUCAGUGGACGUGGUCUCUCACUGUCUGCUGUGUCUGAAGGAGGAGUGGAUGAAUAAAGUGAAGGUGCUGUUUAAGUUCUCCAAGGUAGAUGGGCGUGGGAGGGAGGACACCCAGAAGGUGUUGGCCCUGCUGGGUGCCACGGGGUCUGGGGAGGAGGACAACGUCAAGCUGCUCAAGUUCUGGAUGACGGGACUCAGCAAGACCUACAAGAGCCAUCUGAUGACCGCUGUCAGAGGAGGGGAGAGGCCCCUUAGCCAGUGAGAGAGCAGUGGAGGAGAAGAUGAGAGGUAGCGGGAGAGACCAUACAGCUGGAGUGAAAUAUACUGUAUCUCAGUAUAGGAGACUGGUGGGAGGAGGUAUAGGAGGGUGGGCGCAUUGUAACGGCUGGAAUCGAUUAAAUGGAACGGAGUCAAACGUGAUUUCCAUAUGUUUGAUGUGUUUGACACCGUUCCAUUUAUACCUUUCCAGCCAUUAUAAUGAGCCCGUCGAUUAGCUCCUCCCAGCACCCUCUGCGUGUAUCUACUACUGUAUUUGGACAGACAGAGAGAAAGGGAAAGAAAACGAGUGUGAAUGAGUGAGUAAUGACAGAUAGACUGACUGAAGGAUAUGUUUGUGUCCAGGUGCUGACUUGAUUAAAACCCAUCCUUCACCAUAAAGAACAAAAAGCCACUCUAUGGGUCGGUUUUAAAUUAAUAAUUAAUUCAGAUACAUUAUGUAAAACGUAAUAAGUAAUUUGUAUCUUUUUUUUAGUAAUCAAAAGGGAAUUAUUAUAGGAACACUGUCCACAAUUUUAUGUCUGACUUAUUAUAAAAGUUUCAAUAGUUUGUUAGCACAUUGUACAGAGAUAUUCAAAUAAAAUAACUGCUUGAGCUGAAACUGAAA